GGUAAAUGUUAGGUACCUACUUGUCCCAAGAACAAAUAGAUAAUAUUCUCGGCUUCUUCAAGAGAUAUCACGAAAAUGUCAUCUAAUAAAGCGGCUACCCGGUUUGUGAUACCAACGGUUGAUAUAUCACCGUUUCUUGAAGACCCAGCGUCAGCGGCGGCCGCUAAAGUCGUUGAGGAUGUACGACAGGCAUGUGUCACAAGCGGUUUCUUCCAGGUUGUGAAUCACAACGUGCCCAAGGAGCUAAGAGAUGCUGUGUUCAAGGCAGCAGAAACGUUUUUCGCCCUACCGCUGGAAGAGAAGAGGAAACUACAACAUCCAGUUCUGAAAAAUAGGGGCUAUGAAACCAUAGGCUCACAGGCUUUGCAGGAAGAUACCCUUCCGGACCUUAAGGAGGGAUUCUUCGUCGGGCAGCACAUAGAGGCCGACGAUCCUCGAUCACAAGCGCACCCAUAUCUCAUUGGACCGAACAUCUUCCCAGCAGGACUCCCUGACGAGGCCCUGAAGGUUCCUACAGAAAGGUAUUAUUCUGCAGUCUUCGAGCUGUCGUGUAAAGUUAUGGAGAUACUUGCCCGAGGCUUACCCUAUGGCAACGACAUCUUUGUACCGUUCAUCUCAAACGAUCCAGUCUGUAUCAUCCGGCUAUUACACUACCCGCCGCAGGACUCGACGGACGAGCGUCAGCUCGGAGCCGGAGCACAUACGGAUUUUGGCGCAAUCACAUUACUGCUGCAAGAUUCCUCGGGUGGACUCGAGGUGCUAGACCAUUCUACCAAUACGUGGGUUGGCGUAGACCCCAACCCAGAUGCCUACGUGGUCAACAUUGGCGACAUGCUAUCGUUGUGGACUAAGAAUGUGUACAAAAGUACGGUACACCGCGUUGUCAACCGGAGUGGCAAGGACCGGUAUUCGGUACCGUUCUUCUUCGACGGCAAUACCGACGUCGAGCUAAGGCCGUUUGAUGGGAGCGCGCCUACAGUUGUUGGCGCGGAUGGCAAGGCGUUGACCGCUGAAGGACAUAUGCUAGAAAGGUACGGGACUACGUAUGGACGAGUGGUGAAGAAAGCUACGGGUGUUUCUUAAGAAUGAAAAUUGAUAUAUGAUUGAGAAGAUUGAGAGUCAAGAAAGGGGUAAAAAUAUUAAAAAUGACAAUAUAGAAAAUGAUAACAAUAUGUACCUAACGUAGUAUGCAAUUACGGGUUAUUGGCGAAGACGUGAACAUAUUAAUUUUAAUGGAUUACGUAA